ACUGCCUCGAAUCGAAAGCAUGAAUGAGCCUUGUUCUUCAUUAUUUGCGUUUUCAGACUGAUCGAAAACCCUAAACCCUUUUUCUUCGGAUUCUGCGUCUUUCUUUCGCACUCCUCCUACAAAAUUCUGAUGGCAUCACCUCUUGCCGUCAGAUUUCGAUCUCAUCUGCUUCGGACCGCAUCAUUGUUUCGGUCAUCUCUUCGUCCCAACCACAUCGCAUCUCCGCCCUUGUUUGUUGCCCCGCCCUCUGAUGCCCCUGCGAUCCUUCUCACUGAUUUCGCAUCUUCUUCAUCCGGCUACCGUUUCUUCUCUACAGCUCGCCGCCAGCCACUACGGUCUAAGAAGACGGUCGACAUCGGCGCCCGAGCUAGGCAGCUUCAGAAUCGCCGACUCUGGACCUAUGCAUUGACCUUCAGCUGCAUGGCAGGUUUUAUUGUGAUCGUUUUGAAUAAUUUCCAAGAUCAGUUGGUCUUCUAUGUCACCCCGACUGAUGCUCUCGAAAAAUACUCCUCGAACCCAUCGAAAAACAAGUUUCGCUUGGGUGGUUUGGUCCUCGAAGGCAGCGUCCUGCAUCCGGCUUCGUCCCCGGAAAUGGAAUUCGUGAUCACAGAUUUGGUUACUGACAUUUUGGUUCGGUACCAGGGCUCGUUGCCAGAUUUGUUCAGGGAGGGGCACUCCGUGGUGGUUGAAGGGUUUGUAAAGCCCUUUACAGAGGAAGUCAAGAAAGAGGUUUCGGCUAAAAGUGUGUCUGGAAAGGCGAGGAGUGGAGAGUGUUAUUUUGCGGCCACCGAGGUUCUUGCAAAGCACGACGAAAAGUAUAUGCCUAAAGAAGUUGCCGCGGCAAUUGAGAAAAACAAGAAGAUGAUAGAGGCUGGCGUUGCUGUGGGAGAGGCUGCCAAGAGCUCAUAGAUGGAUGGUACAACUCGAUUUUGAGAUUCUUUUCCCUUUUUUUUUUUUUUUUUUUGGUUCUACUAUACUAGACAUAUCAUGAUCUUGGGGACGAGAAGGGGGUUAUCAAACCUGAGGUUUUUCUUAUGAUAAUUAGGAUAGGCAUUGGUAAAUCAUUUUUGUGAGGUGACAUUUCUCAAAUGAAUAAGUGAAAUGAUAACUUAUGUUUACAAAGAUUUCUGUAAGAUGCUUUCCUUUUGCUGUGAGAGGUAGGAGUUUAUGGACAAAGACUAGAGCA